CUGAGCAUAAAGACUGGAAACAGGGGGAGAAAGCUAGCCUGGCUCUGACCAAAGGUCACAAAAUCCACCAACCAGUGCCUCUAAGGAUCGGUAUUUAACAAGUUAUAUCUCAUGUGUUUAAUGUGGCUUUACGGGGGUUUUGUGCUGGAACUAUUUCUUAACUGGGAGCAGUAACCUUACUGUAGUCUCUGCUGUUUGCCUGGCAACCUGAUUGUGAUGACACAAAUCUCCCCGUAAAACCACAACUUGUCAUUUUUAGACUUUUUUUUGGUGAGGAUUUAAUAAACUAGAUACAGUGCAUAUACAGCAAGCUAUUGAAGUCCUGAAGAUUCUGUUGUCUUUGGACAGAGCCAGGAUAGCGGUUACCCUCUGUUCCCAGACUCCAUGGUAAGCUAGGAUAAGCAGCUAUUGGCUAUAGCUUUAUAUUUAGUGUACAGGCAAGAUUAGAGUAGUAUCUGUCUUCACCUGACUCUUGGCAAGAAAGAGUUAAACCGCCCCUUUAUCUAUUUGUAAACCUUGCUCACUUUGUCUAUCAUACAAAACCAAAAUGUCACUAAUUCACCUGAUCUGAGUCCCAGUGGGAAUGAUUAGAUCCACUGUUUAGCUGAGAAAUUCAUAAAACAAAAAAUUUAACUGAAUAUCAUCAUAGUCAUUCAAAAUGAUGUUCUUAUUACCAAAAGAAGCAUUUAAAUUAGUUGUCAGUCAGUCUCAUGUGUAUUCUGAUUGAUGGGAUUUAGCUGGCAGGAACUUGAUCUGCCACACUAGAAUAAAGGAGACACACUGCCAUAUGUCAUGCUGGACACACACACACACACACACACACACACACACACACACACACACACACACACACACACACACGCAUAUACACAGAGAGAACAGGUGGAUUACCUCAGUGCUGCUCAACACAUGGCUGAGAUGCAGGAAGCUUUAUGUAAGGAGAGCUGAGGAGAAAAAAAAACAGCCGCCAUCAGAAUGAAGGUAAGGUCAAUUUCCCUGAGCUGUCCUGCGCUAAAAAAAAAACCUAACUAAGAUCAUAUUUAAGUAUAUACCAAUUCUUGCAGCUCUUCAGAAUCAACCCACACACUUACUCACUUUCACAAAAACUUUUUAAUGACAGUGUUUCAAUCCAAGAUGGAUCUUCAUGAGGUCAGAAAAAAGAAUUCUGUGGCAGUGAGUAAGUGUGCAGGUGUUAUUGUUUUUUCAUUGAUGCUAUUUUCUGACACCUGUGUGAUGUGCCUAUUUUCACCCUAGUUCUUAAGAGUCAGCCCUAAUUAAUACCACUGAACGUUUAUUGGUUGUCAUAAUUUCCCAUGAUUACCAGCAUGUAGUCUCCAAACAGCAGACUGAAUGAACAGUACAAUAUCAGCUGUUUGUUACUGAAUCUUGUAAAAUGUUGCAGAUUGCUGAAGAUUCAUCAGAUUUCCAUUUAGCAGUGCUGGAUGUCUUAAACCAAGUCGAUAAACCUCAGCAGGUUGUAGAAGCCUGGCACUGUUGGGGAUUUUCCUCUGUAAAUCCCAGUUGGGAGGCUCCUGGAGAGGCUAAACUUCUUAGCACUGUUGACACAGCCUGCCGCUUCUGCCAGUGCAGUAAUUAAAGCGUUCACUUAAAUUUAGGGGUGGAAUGUUACACAAAGAUAAUAAUAAUAUUCAUUAAUGCUUCUCCUUUUUAAAAGACUGAGUUUAUUCAAUAGUGUUUACUGCUCAAUGUGGAUUGGGACACUGAUGCAAUGUGAGAACAUUCAGGGAGAGAUGAAGAUGAAGAGGAAGCGUUGAUGUACCCUCUGCAGUGCAACCUUCAGCCCCACAAUUACCAAAAAAGCCUAUUAAAUUUGGAUUAUUCAUUCAUUAAUAAAUUCAUUUAACUGUUAAGUUAUUUUUUUUGUAAAUAUUCCCUGAAUACUGUUUCAAAGCCUCUUCCACAAUGCCAGGAUUUAAUUUAGGUGGGAAAAUACUAGAUCUGUUUAUUACAAUAUUUACCCAAAAUUUAUUUUGCCCAUAAAUGAAUUUAAUUCCAAUUAAAUAAAAAAUUCAAUAUUUAGUCUUUUUUUAAAUGACCUUCAAAACACAUCAGGUGUAAUAUUCGUGUAAUUUUUAAAUAAAAAUUUCAGUGCAGGAUAAAUGCACCUGUGUAAGAGUUUCUACAUUCAUACAAAAAGACCAAAACUUACAUUAAUGGAGAGUUUAAUAGACCAACACCACAGGGGGGAGCUCAAGUCCUGACAAAAGACAUCAGUACACAUUCAAACUCAGCUCUAUCAGAAACCUACUGUAAAGAAAGAUGAAGGAAGUAACUGACCUGUUGUGUGCAGACACUAGAUGGCAGCACUGUCAUACGUUAAUCAGAUAUGGACACUCAUCACCCUGUUGUCCACAUUAGGCAGCCUUCAUCAAGAAGAUUAUUACUUAUUAUCCAUUAUCAAGAGAUACGUUUGGAUUAGUGAACAUAAUCCUCAAAUUAUAAUCCAGAUUAUCUCCUGGUGCCUUAAUCAAAUUUGCAGUGUUUUUCUUUAUGUAAGAUUGUUUCCAAGGGGGGUGUCAGUUAUAAACAUUUGAAAUACAAUAGCCUGCAAAAAGUUGUUUUUUUAAAAAAAAUGUUCCAUGCUUAUACCAAAUGCAGAAUAGAUAUUUUACAUAUCAUUACAAAUAGUUGUAAUUUGUUGUAUCACUUUUUUGCACUUUCUUACUGACUGAUGAAGGUUGCAAGACCAAAGCCAUGUUUUAACACAGUGCAGCACACCACAGUACAACUUUAUAGUUGUGGAAAUAUGUCUUUGACUAUACCUGUACAGAAAACAGCAUUAAGACAUGUAGAACAUCAUACAAAUGCUACUGUUGUGUAAAUUCGCCUUGAAAUGAAAAGAGUAUUAGUUUGUUUAAAUAAAAGCUAGAAAAAAUAAUGUAAAUAACAAUGAAAAGUAAAGUUAUAACAAUUUCAUCAUUAAAAUUGCCCUGGGAAUUAAAUACCUCUUGUAAAUAUUCUUUCUUGUCAGAGGCAUCGUAAAGUACCCCCCUUUGAGUAAAUGUUUGGCCUAAGAGUGUAGCACCUUUCCUUUGUUGUGUCAUCCAGACAGUGUUUUGGUUCAGUUUUGUACUGCUCAUAUGUGUCCAUCUCAGGGUUUUCAGGCUCUCACCACGUGGCAGAAAUUACAACUAUUCUACAGAGGGAUUCUUGAAAAUGGAGACAAGAAGACAGACAGUUGGCCGCUGGUCUACUCUCCUGUGCCAAUUAGCUGCAUCUUUCUGUGCUACCUGGUCAUUAUAUGGGUGGGGCCAAAGCUGAUGGCGAAAAGGCAGCCAGUCAACCUUAAACCUGUCCUGAUAGUUUACAACUUUGCCAUGGUCUGCCUGUCUGCAUACAUGUUCUAUGAGUUCACAGCCUCUUCCUGGUUGGCCCAAUACAGUCUGCUGUGCCAGCCAGUUGACUACAGUGACAGCCCACUGGCAAUGAGGAUGGCCAGAGUAUGCUGGUGGUUCUACUUCUCCAAAGUUAUAGAGCUCAGUGACACUAUAUUUUUCAUCUUGAGGAAGAAGAACAGCCAGCUGACCUUCCUCCAUGUCUACCACCACGCCACCAUGAUCUUUAACUGGUGGGCUGGGGUUAAGUAUGUGGCUGGUGGCCAGUCUUUCCUGAUUGGUCUGAUCAACUCGCUGGUCCAUAUAGUGAUGUAUCUGUACUACGGCCUGGCAGCUUUUGGACCAAGCAUGUCCAAAUACCUCUGGUGGAAACGCUACCUCACCUCCCUACAACUGCUCCAGUUUUUCAUAGUAACUAUCCAUACCACCUACAACCUUUUUGCUGACUGUGACUUCCCUGACUCCAUGAACAUGGUUGUGUUGGCCUACUCUCUCAGCCUUAUUGCUCUCUUCAGUAACUUCUACUACCACAGCUACCUCGCCAAGAAGAAGAACAAGAAGACAUAGGAAGAGAGAAAGAGAGAGAAACAGGUGUAUAUGAGGGAGGAGAGAAAAGAGCUGAGAUGAAAACAUUUGAAAACAGGAAGGUUGUACUGAAAGAGGAAAGCACAGAUGAGAGGGGAUAUUAAAAAAAUCUGCUUGUUUGUUAUGUUAAUUACUUUAUGUUAAUCAUGUUAUGGUAAUUACAGCUUGAUUUCUUAUAUGUACAAAAUACAUUAACAUAUUUGAAAACCUAUAAUGACACUUGAAAAUUGUAAAAGUACUGCACAUUUAUGUU